AUGUCUUCUCCGAACAACCAGAAUAACCAGAAGACCGACCGUGUCCCCGAGACCCCUGGGACCCCCGACUCGGGAAUCGUCAUCACAGAUCAGCAAGGCCGUGACGCUAUGGCCCAAGCCAAUGAGACUGCACAGGGCGUCAUCGUCAGAGUUGAUAUUGGCGGUGUCGCUUUCGAAUACACCCUGAAGCAGAUUGCCGAGAUGGCAAAUGUUCUCGCCCGCGCUCGCGCCGACGGCCACUUCCCGCCGACCACUGCUCGCGGCUCCGAUGUCCGCGCCACCGUCCAUGACUACCUCCGAUUCAUAGAGCUCUCUGCCACUCGUGGUGAUGCUCCCCAGGAGGCGUGGACCCAGAUGCCCGAUGUCGUGCAGAUGCUUGUCGACAUCACUCAAGAGAUUCAAGCUCGCGAUAAGGUCGCGGCUGAUAUGAAUGAGCAGGAGCGUAUCCAUGCCCACGUCAACAACAUGAUGAGUGGUGUUGGGGCUGAAGCUAGACUUUACAACAUUGUUCAGCACGCUAUAGCCCAUGCCGGCAAUAAUGGAGGAGCAGACCGAGAUGCAGCCAUUGCUGGUCAGAACAUGGCAGCCCUUCUUGACGGAAUUCGAGAUGUUAUCAGGGAGAUGGCUGGUCAAGGCGCCCACGGUGUCAACAAUGGCAAUGUCGAGGCUGUUCUUGAGGAGGUCUUUGGAACGAUUGACCAUGCCCUCAACCAGAGCCUGGGUGGACAUGUUAGGCAGAUGGAUGGCCAGCUCAACACUGUCAAUGGCCAGCUCAACACUGUCAAUGGCCAGCUCAACACUGUCAAUGGCCAGAUCAUGCACCUCGAUGCUAUUGGUCAACACGUCAACGCCAUCAGUGGUCAUGUGAACUCUCUUGGCAACAACCUCGGCGCGAUGAGUACUCUCCUGAACUCAACCAACGGCAAUGUUGUAUCGCUUAACACCCAAAUUGGCCUUCUUCAAACAAUCAUCAACAUGCUUCCUCGCAUGAUUGCCGAAUCUCUCCAGCAAAUGCUCCCGGAGGCUCUUCAAGGUGCCAUUGGUCCGAUUAUUCAGGCCCUUGAGGCUCAGCUUGGUGUUCCUGCACCUGCCGGUUCUGCUCAGAACGACCAGCGACAACCGCGAGGACUGAAGAAGGUUUUCAAGUCAGUCAAGAAGCUAUUCCGCAAGAAGUAG